AAAACUGCAGGGGGUUACGCACCGAAGCGAUGAUCCCGCCGCUCUCAUUUAACAUUAGAAACUAGUAUUCACUUCAGCUACCUACCUUUAGGUAGUUAUAUAAAAUAUUCACGUAAAAUCGUUCCAUAUCUUACGACAAUAUGUACUAACCACAAGAGCUCUAAAAUCAACUCUACAAAAGACUUCCUUAAUGUCAAGGCACAACCGGUUUAGCUAGCCUGUUUUCCUGAUUCGGAAAAUGACUAACAGAGCGGGUUCGCGGAAUAGGCCCGUUGUAUCUGGCGCCGAAUGAAUCGGGCUCGAGUCCCUUUCCCAUUUAUUUUAUUUUUGGAAAUCUGCAUCGCCUAAGCAGGCAGCGAAGCGAGGUGCUUACAAGGUAUAACUUACAUGAUAUACACUAACUUGCAUGGUAUUACUUACAUGGUAUAUAGAUGCCUUAGGUAGUCAUGUGUCUCCAACGCGGAGUAACGCAACGCUACCUAGCUUCUGUUACUGCUGCUCUUUGUUACCUUAGCCCUACAUACACUUACAUACCCUACAUAUAUACAAUUCAUAUAUACAUUAUGCAUACUAUUACUUAUACCUUAGAGCUAUUCUCAAUUAAGACUACCGGCCGUGCUGAACUACCGGCUUAGAUAUUUUGAGUAAACCCGAAAGGCCCCCCAAAAAGUGAACUUUGAACCAUAUGCUCCUCCAGCCAUGAAGGACAGGCUCCAAUCAUCGACGAGCUUCGAGUUCAUAAAGUUUGGUCUCGAAGAGCCUCCUGACCAGCCGGGCCAGAGCCUGUCCGUAGAGAGAGAUGCUUUCUGGAGCUACUGCGGCCCUUUGCUCUCCACACUAGAUGAUCUCCCACCUAGCUUCCACGACUGGGCCCACGCUGCUCUGUCUGGUUCCUUACUUCCGCUCCUACUCCCUUUCCUAACCUUCGUCAACGAGCUCAUCCGAACAAAUGGCCUUGAUCAUUACUGGCUCACCAUCCGCGCGACGAAAGCGACCACGGAAUACAACAAGCCUAGAUGGCACACAGACGACAUGUUCUUCAAUAGGAGUAGUGGUGACGGUGGCGGUAUUUGGGCCCGGAGAAGAUCGCUAGUAGUGGGUAGGGAGAAGGCAGAGCUGGACCUGCAGACAGACUGGAAGCUAUGCGCUACGCUGCUCGGCCCCGCAACCAUGUUCAUUCCCGCCGAACACCAGGCAGCAGCUCGCGCAACGUCGCGCUCGACGAAGAGUGCUCUAGCUACGGAUCACAUCUGCACCUCAGUCCGUUGUGUUGGGUGUGGAGCGACGGCCGAAGCUGUCCGAGAUAAGCUCACCACCGAGUUCGCCCCCCUGGGUCUGGUUCAAGCGGAGCCGGGCGAGUGCAGCAUAUUCCGCAUCGGCCAGGAACGCGGUGCUGUGCACUCAGAACCCUGCAUGAACAUUGGAGAUCGGAUAUUCGUCAACGUCGUGCCGGGGAAGAAAGACGAGUUGUCUUCUCUGCUGUCCAAAUGGGGGAUGACUUGCCCAAGGUCGUGGUUUAUCGCCCCGGGCGUCUUACGUGGCCAUGGAUUAACAUGAUUGACGAGGUACACACUAGGGGGAUCAAGAAGGGUUUAGCACUGUAGUAAUUGGGACACGAGCAUUGUUACAGGCCCUAUCAAGAGGAUUUGAAAUGAAUGUAGGACCGUAGGAGAAGGAUACCUGCCAAGACCGGAGGAGGAUAAUCCCUAUAUUCUUUUCCUUGUUGCACUUUUAUCUAGUUUUCUAACGUGAACAUGAUCGAAUGGAUAUUUAGGCUAUGGUACCUCAUACACUACUGUGACCGGCAAUACGCAAAAGAAGGCAACAGGGGUACCGGAAUCGAACUCUUUUUUUGUUUUUCGUUUUAUGUGCGUGAACACCGCUCUAA